UACUACCCAAGCCUUUGGUUCUCAGCUAGCAAGCUGCGCCCUCUGUGCUUUGCGCCGCUCGUUUGACGAGAUGCUCUGAGCUGUGCUAAUGGUCUAUUUCCGUCCCUCCCUCCUGUAGACCCCCCCUAUUUGCUGAGGCCACAGUGGACUCUUCCCAAGCAGGUGGACCGCAGACUCUAUAAAUAAGGGUGGGUAGGGGCAAGUAGAGGCUGCAUUGCAAAACAGCGCAGGAGGGGAGCGUGGGUUGUGUUUGUUCCGCUUAUACACGCGUUUGCAGCCCCUCUGCUCGCUUUGCACAACUGUUUGGCCUCUCGCUGGGAGGAAGGGAAGAGGCGCGUGUCCUCCUGUUAGAUUCAUGUUGCCCACGGAGGUCGGGGAAUUGCUGGUCUCGCAGGGGAUGGAAUUCUGGACCAGCCCUGCCUCUUACGACGAAGUCAACGGGAACACGGAGCUGGCUGAUAACACGGACUUGAUAUCCCAGGAGCUGGAGGAGGUGCUCUGUUCUGAGCGGGUUAGCAGGAUCACUAAGACCUACCAUGACAUAGAUGCCGUCACCAGCCUCCUAGAAGAGAAGGAGCAUGACCUGGAGCUAGCCGCCCGCAUCGGACAAUCGCUGCUGAAGCAGAACCGGAGCCUGUCGGAACGCAACGAACUCUUGGAAGAACAGCUUGAAUCGGCAAAGGAAGAGAUAGCUCAGCUUCGCCAUGAGAUAUCAAUGCGGGACGACCUUCUGCACUUGUACACCAACAGCACAGAAGAGAGUGAGCCGACUUCUGCCACCUCCACUCCGUUGCGGAGGAAUGAAUCUGCCCUCUCUUUACAGCAGUGUUUUCAGUAUGACACCCUACAGCAGAAGCUCAAAGGGCUGGAGGAGGAGAACCAGAAACUGCGGACAGAGGUCACAAGCAUUGCCACGGAAACCUCUCAAUAUGAGGAACAGGAGCAGAAGCUGAUGAUCGACUGCGUGGAGCAAUUUUCGGAUGCUAGUCGAGAAGUGGUCCUGCUCUCCGAGGAGCUGGCCCGCAAGACGGAGGACACGGCACGGCAGCAGGAAGAGAUCAGCCAGCUGCUGGCGCAGAUUGUGGAGCUGCAACAGAAGUGCCGCGCGUAUGGUUCAGAAGUGGAGGAGCUGCAGCAGCAUCUUACUGCUGCCAAGGAGGUUCAGCAGCAGCUGCGAACAGAGCUCCGAGACCUGCAGGAGAAAUACGUGGAGUGUGGGGCAAUGUUGCAUGAAGCCCAGGAGGAGAUGAAAAACCUCCGGAACCGCAGCCUCCCCAACAGCACCAUCCACCGUCACAGCUCCCCUACUUUUUUGCCCCUGGAUUCCCUGGCUGCAGAGAUCAAGGGCACAAUGAGAAAGAGCGUGGACAGCUCUGGUUCCUCGGAGUGCAAGGGUGUCCGUCGGGUCUUUGAGACGGUGAAGGCUGUGAACCAGGUGGCGAAAGCCAGAUCGCGGGCAGAGUCUCCCCUGAGCCUCCCUGUGUACUCUCCCAGAUUUUCUUCGCUGGGCUGCAGCCGCCUGAGCACCCCACGCACCAGCUUCUAUGGUUCAGACAGCCCCAUUGCUGGAGGCCUGGAGGGGCACGACGGCCAUACUUCUGAAGGGCCAGACGAAGCGCGCCGGCGCGAGGCUGGCACACCGGGCACGCCCGGCCGGCACGACUUGGAAGCUGCCGUCCGGUGCUUGUCGGCCCGCCAGGAGAGCCACAGCACUGAGCGCUCGUUCUUCGAGAUGGAGAGGGAAAGCAAGCUGAGGCGGCUGGCGAGGGACGCCGAGGACUCCAGCGGGUUCCUCACGCCCAACGAAAGCAUCACAUCCACCGGCACCAACUAUUCAGGCAGCUCUGGUGGUUCCGGGUUCUCUCUGGGCUCCUUCUCUUGUUUCCCCGAUAAGCUUCAAAUUAUCAAGCCUCUGGAAGGCUCCAUGACCCUCCACCACUGGCAGCAGCUAGCCCGGCCUCACCUGGCAGGGAUCCUGGACCCUCGGCCAGGUGUGCUCACCAAAGAUUUCCGGCAGCUUGACACAGACCUGGAGGAGGUCUACAACCUGAAUGACCUGGAAGAAGACGAUGUGGAUGCAGGCUCCUUCCCGGCCCUUGCUACCUCGACACCUGCCAAGGCCAAGGAAAGGCCUAGUGUAUUUCACUCCGUUAACAAUCUGCCCCAGACCCCGCCUACUUUCACCAUCACCACCUGUUGCUUCUCGCACCCUAGCAACGAGGUUACCAUGGUGACACCCAGUCUUUAUAAUACAGUUGUGCCCUCUUGUGGGUCCGGCACGGGGCUGAGCCCCCCUCACCCUCCCCAGCUCCCCCUGCAGGAAGAGCCCAGCUGUGAAGAGAAGCAGGAGGAGGACCCCCCUCUUGGACUAGUGACUCUGCUGACGGAGCAAGGCAUUUCUGCACAGAGAGGGGCAGCCUCAGCCUUGGCCCACUUCCCCAGAGGCUCAGGCACCCUGUACUGGCUGUCUCCUCCUUUGGGCUCCCUGUGGCGCUGCCGCUUGGGCGGCCUAGGGGAGUGGGCUUUGGGAUCACCUCGGUUGCGGCAGAGGGAGGAGGACAAGCCCAGCAUCUUCAGCUUGAACCUGGUGGAGAAGCUGCAGCAGCUGGGGCUGGACAAGGUGGUGAGAAGAGGGGAGGCCUCUUAUGCAGCUUCCCACCUGCAGGGGCUUCAUCGCAGGAAGAGGUGCCUGUCGUGAGGACACUGCAAUUUUGUGCUGCCCUCCGCUGGUGGGGCAUCUGUGAGACAGAGGGGGCUUCAUGUGGACUGCCUCCUGGACAAAGCCCAACUGUGAUCCUGAAGUUUGGGGUGUGGUUGUGGGGAGGGACCCUGCAGGGCUUGGCAGCAAACAGGGGGUCUGCCAACCACAGUGCCCUGUUGCCAUUCUGUCCUCCACUUCCUGUAGAUCAGGAAAGUUGGGGAAUCAUUGUUUCCAUGUCUGAUAAAGCUUUUCACAGCUUCCUUCUGCCUCCAUCCUAGGAACCCUGGGUGUUGUGGUUCUGUGGGCCCUUUUUUCUUUGGGGCCCUUUUGCAAAACUGCAAUCCCCAAUGUACUUUCACUAUGAAGGCUAUGGGGCAUGGGCAAGAGGAAUGAGCCCUGUGGAAAGAGCUGGCCCAAAGUCCAAAAAGCACACAGCUCCAAGCUCAUCUUCACGGACCAUGACUCUCCCUGCUUCCUGCACUAUAGUCACUGCCUUCACUGCUAAUUCCCUUAAGAAAUGCACACCUUCUCUGUCUCUCUCUGUGUGGUACAUAAAGGCAAGUAGUGGUAUAGGCAGGACUUGUGGGAGUAAUAGGCUGGGCUUUUUGCAUGCAUGAUGGGCUUGAGAGGGGAUGUUUUUGUCCUUUACCUCUCCUGCCAACUUCAAUUCUCUUAGCCUCGGGCAAACGCAAUAGUUGGGUCUAUUUCUCAUCUGGAUCCGGUGAGGUUUUCUCCAUUAAAAGACACCGUCUCAGAUCAUUGAGGAAAAGGGACAAAGAAAGCUGACCGGGAUCCUCUUGUGCCCCCCCCGACACUCCCCUGUGGGACCCAUUUAGUGCCCCUUCCUUUGCCAACACUUAGCCACCCAGAGCUGGCUUUGUUCGCCCCACACCCUGAGCUCCCCUUUUGGGGAGGCAAAGCUCUCCUCUCUUUCUUGUGUUGCUGAGAAUUCUGCUGCACUUUACUCUCCCCCUCCUCCUCCUCCUCCUCCUCUCUCCACUGAAGUUUUUAAUACUGCAUUGCCCCUGCGGCCACGGAAUCUGCCUCAUGUCUGUUUCGUCCUUGCUGGAGUAGGGCAGCUCUGUUUGUCUUCCUCCAAAGCGUCUUCUAACAACAUUUACGGUAAUUCUCAGACUUGGGCAGCUGUAUGGCUGGUUUCCACAGAUUGCUCUGUUGUGGGUCUCCCCCCCUUCAGUGGACGUUCAUAUUUUCCCAUUUAUAAAUGUUAACUUAAAAGCCCCACACCCAUUCCUUGCACGCUCCUGUAUGUGUGCUGCACACCACUUUGCAUAGCCAGCCCCUCAUUUUGACACAUGCGUAUUCCUGUUACGUUCCUGUGUCUCCUUUCGGUGAAAUAAACAUGGUGUUGCUGUUGCUCCUGA